UACCGGUGAGGUGCAUCGACGCUAAACGGACCUUCAACUCCGGGGCGGUGCCGUCGAUGUCGAAGAACUGCUCUCAGUUUGAGAUCCAGUCGUGGAGGUGUGAGCCAUCAAAAGAUGGGAACUUUAUUUUGGAGAGGCGAGAGGAAAGCCCGUUGUGAGGGGCUGGGGUUCUUCCGGUACGAUGGUCGGAAUAGCCAGGGGUAUCGGGUGGGUCAGGGGGUUGAUUUGGGAAGUGGUUGGGUGUGUUUGGGGUGGGCGUGGGUGGGUGUGAGGGACCAGGGUCUAAGGGGGCUUUUUCCGCGGCUUGAAGCUGAGAUACGUUGUUAAACAUCAUUGCUUCGAGUCUGUCGAAUCGUGAAUCCAGAGAAUCGGCUCGAGCUUUGAGUUCGGCGGUGAGGAGGUCGUGUAAGGACCGGAUCUCGUCAACCUGCUCUGUCAACGAACGCUCCUGGAGUCGGGUUUCUACCAUCAUUGUAGAUCCGAGAAUCGAUCACUUCUGAUACCAAUGUGAUAGUAAACGUUAGAACAGAGUAACAACCAAACUAGAGUUCACCGAGAACUUAAGAAUGGAUAAAUCAAGCCUAGAAAAUGAUCUGAGAUAGAAAUACCACCUUGAAGGAACAAGAUUAUGAUGAUAGUAUGAACUUUGCUCAAGGAGCGUUAGAAAGAAAAUGGGGAUAAGCUGAAUAAUACUUUCUUUGAUAAGAUACUGCAAAUGCAGUCACGCAGUACAUAAAGACGUUCACCAACGGUCGCAUACAACUCGUUAGCUGGCAAGAUAAAGACAAAAGCAAUAAGGACAAACCCCUUAUGAUUAUUAAACCGUAAAUUAAAGUUGAGAUAGAUCGGUUAGGUGAUGACAGCUUGUGAGUCUGUCACACCGCCGCAAGGAGGAAAGCCAGGGUGGGCGGCGUUGACGAGCCCUAGAAUUGGUCCGUGGCUUCGCCUCUUGAAGAAAAUGGCUGAAGCUUAUAGCUUAGUUCCUGAGUUUGAGAUAACAUUGGAAGGUACUCAUCAUGGACCAAUAACUAGUAAGCCGACCAUGUUUUUGGAGAAUGGUAGUACAGAGGAAUACUGGAAGAGACAAGACGCAGCUCAAGUCAUGGCUCUUUUAAUGUGGGUAUGACUUGGGCUUGGAGGUGGUGAAGC